AUGUCAGUUAUUCUUUCAUCAACCUCAAAAAACGCUCCUCUACUUAUUUACAACGGGCUUUCUUACAUUGUUGACCGACGAAGCGACAAAAAGAUAUUAUGGAAAUGUGAACAUGCUAGAAAAUUUAAAUGUCGUGCUCGAUUACAAACGGAUUUAAAUAACGUUUUUAUUCAAACCGUUGGUGAUCACGAAAAUCAUACUGGAGAUCCACGUUCUGGACCAAUUCGACAAUAUUAUGAUCGAUUACGAAGAGAAUCUCAACAAAAUCAAGCCAUUCCGCACAAUAUUUUAACACAAACCAAUAUCGGUGUUCAAGAUGAAGUGCGUGUUCAAUUAACAAGCAAUCAUCAUUUGAAAAGAAACAUUCGUCGUUGGCGGCAAGAAACCAAUGCUGCACCAACACCCUUUAACAUCAACUUUCCAGUUGUUCCAGAUAAUUAUCAUCAAACAACACGUGACACAAUAUUUCUCCGUAAAGAUACUGGUCCAGCAUCUGAUCGAAUAUUAAUUUUUUUUACUGAUGAACAAAGAAAUAUUAUGGAAAACGCCACAGAUUUCUUCAUCGACGGCACAUUUAAAGUCGUUCCAGAAUUUUUUUUCCAACUCUUUGUGAUACAUGCUAAUUAUCGGGAUCAUAUAUUUCCAGUAUUAUUUGUUCUAUUAACUGGCAAAAGUGGUCAGAUUUAUCAAAAAAUGAUGAACGAGAUAAUGGCAUUAGUUCCUGGGUGGUCUCCUCGGCGAGUUAUGAUGGACUUUGAAAAAGCCGCAAUGAACAUGGUUACCAGUACUUUUCCUACAGUCGAACUCAGUGGAUGUUUUUUCCAUCUGAGCCAAAGUGUUCAACGAUUUUUACAAACUCAUGGUUUCAAGCAAAACUAUGAAACAGAUAUCAUAUUUGCUGAUAAUAUUCACAAGAUAUUGGCGUUAGCCUUCCUUGAACCAAAUCAAGUUAUUAGUGGGUUCGAAUCUUUAUGCUCGAAUCUUGGUGAUGAAUAUCAAUCUAUUCUCGAUUAUAUGGAAGAUAAUUAUAUUGGUCGACUUCGUGGGCGUUCAAGACGAGCUGCAACAUUUCCUAUUAUAUUCUGGAAUAUGGCAGCACGGGUGAAGAACAAUAUGUAUCGUACCAAUAACAACAUUGAAGCGUGGCACCGCAAAUUAAACUGUGCAUUUCAAUGUACACAUCCGACCUUAUGGACAUUUAUAAAUAAAUUAAUCAAAGAAGAAAAUAAUAUACAUUCAGAUGUAAUUAAUGCUAUGUCCGGUCGUUUGCCACCAAAGCAAAGAAAUGAAUCUUUGAACCAACGGCUACAACAAUUUGGUUCAAAACCCACACACAGACAUCCAGGAUCAGUUGAAAUACGUCGGACGUUUGUUAUCGAUUUUUUAAAUACCAUACUGCUAGCUGAAUUGUGUUUAAAUGAUUGA